UUAUUUUCAGGACAAACCAUUAACCAUGGAUAUAUUUGCAGCAGUCAAAAAUUCCAGUGACCUGAAGAAGCUAACCGCGGAUGAGGAAGGGUUGGUUCGUCUUUUGCAGGAAGCGGAACUCUUGCCGCCAACGCAACAAUGCAGCAAGUGCAAGAGACAAAUGAAGCUGAAGGUAACCAAGCGCUCCAAUGCUUGCAAAUGGAUUUGCAAGCCUACAUCGAGCUGCACCGGCUGGGAAUGUACUGUCCGCACGGAUAGUAUUUUCAAAAAUUCGAGGCUGUCUCUAUCCCAGUUGAUGGAGAUAACCUUCGAGUGGUCUCGAAAUACGACGCGGAUGGUUGCGGAAGCUGAAUGUGCAGCCGGUAAGACAGCCAUUCUAAAAUGGUUCAAAAUACUCCGUGAAAUUAGCGCUGAAUAUGUGGAAACCCACCGACAACAGAUCGGAGGCGAAGGGCUCACUGUGGAGAUCGACGAGUCCGUCAUUACCAAACGGAAGUACCACAGAGGACGGAUCGCGGACAACAACCAGGUUUGGCUCGUCGGUGGUAUUUGUCGGGAGACAAAAGAGAUUUUUCUGGAGCUGGUUCAGAAACGCGACGCUGGCAACUUGCAGGGCAUUAUAAUGAACAAUGUGGCCCCCGGAACGACAAUUGUGACGGAUGGUUGGCGUGCCUACAUCGGAUUAGACGGAAAAGGGUAUGAGCACGAGAUGAUAAACCAUUCCGAAAAUUUUGUCGACCCAAGCGAUCCAUUAGUACACACACAGACCAUCGAGAAUUUAUGGCGCUGGGUCAAGCCCUUUUUAAGAUCUAAAGGCACAAACCGGGGAGCAUUAAUAGAAUAUAUACGCGAGUACCAGCUUAAGCGAGCCCAGCCCAACAAUUUCAUUACCAUCUUGCGUGCCAUCCAAUCAGUUCAGGAGUUUGAGUAAGUAUUAACAUAUUGUUCUUCGUAUUUUUAAACACUUUAAAUU